AUGACUACAGAUCUAAAUCAGUUGUCAACUGAUCGAAAAACAAUUGCAUCAGCAACCAACGCGUCACCGGAAGAACAAAAUAGUGUCAAUGUCUUGAAUACUUCGAAUUCACAGUCAGCAAUAAAUAAUAAUAAUAAAAUCGAUGAAUAUAAUACCAUAAGUGCAGCAGUAUCAUUAACAACUACAAAAGUUGAAUCUUCAACAAGUGAGAAUAAUCAGUCAGGUAUGGACACUGCUUUUUCUAUGACAAAUGUGCCUCCACCUAACAAUCUGGAAUCCGAAGCGAUGGAUGACAAUAACGUAGUGUCAAAAGAAAAUCCGAACACUGGUGAAGACAAUAGUCAGCCAGAAGUUGAAGGUCCUAUGGAUACGUCACCUCCCUUAUCAGAUGUUGCUCGAAAAAUGAGCGAAACAGUCAAUGUUAACAAUACUGAUGAUGCCACCUCAGCUGAUGAAGUUGUUAUGGAUUUUUCAAAUAGUGAAGCUUGUUCGAAUGGCGAUUCUAAGAAGGAAAAAGACGAAAUAGACAAUCACGCACCGUUUCUUGAUUUGGCUCAAAAUUAUCCAACAGCUUCAAAUGGUUUAUCCGAUCAUUCAGAUGUCACUGCAUCGAUAGAUUCACGAUACCUUGCUAGCGGAGAAGGCUCCCACAGCGAUGUACCACACAAUAGUGGUAUGAAAGGCGUUGCAGAAGAAACCACACCUGCAGUUACCAUUUCAGAUGUUUCAACACCUACAUUUCCCUUGCUCUCACAAAGCAAUCUAGUAACAAACGCAGAGGAAUCUUCUACUGGAUCAAUAACUAAGAACGAGAUACAAUGCGAGGUGAUAACUCAUCCGUCUACUAUUGCGAUUUCACUUAUUGAUGGUCCACCUCAUGAUGUUACACCUCCUGAUGUCCCACUUACUGAUGUUACACCUCAUGAUGUUCCACCUCAUGAUGUUCCACCUCAUGAUGUUCCACCUCAUGAUGUUACACCUCCUGAUGUCCCACUUACUGAUGUUACACCUCAUGAUGUUACACUAAAAGCUAUCGAUUGGUUCAAUCUUCAAUUUCAUGAUAAAGAAAGAACAAUAGUAAAAAAGCCUGAUCAGCUUGAAAAUGAAAUGGAUGAACCUAAUGGAAGCAUUAGUGACGAAAUUUUGAAUCGUAUUCAAGGAUCAAUGAUAGGAAUGGCUUUAGGUGAUGCUCUUGGUGCUCAUGUAGAAUUUCGACCACAUCAGUUUCUAGUUGACACACCAGUUACUGAUCUUGAAUCUGGAGGAACAUGGGGUCUUAAUAAAGGACAAUUUACCGAUGAUACUUCAAUGGCUCUUUGUUUGGCUAAUUCACUAGUAGCCUGUCGAGGUUUUAAUCCUUAUGAUCAAUUAGUUCGCUACAAAUGGUGGUACAAAUUCGGAUAUAUGUCAUCAACUGGACAUUGUUUUGAUAUUGGAGCAGCCACUGGUAAUUCUCUACGAGAAUUUGAGCAUCGUCAAGAUAUAUUUGCCGAGAAAUUCAGUAUUCCCUUGACAAAUAUAGAUCAACCUCCUAAUGGUGAACUAGUUCAGAAAUUUAAUGUAUACUGCAGUGAAGACGGUGUUGCAGGCAACGGAGCUCUUAUGCGUCUCACACCGGUACCAUUAUUUUUCUAUAGAUAUCCUCCCAUAGCUGUUGAAUAUUCAGGUAUUAGUGGACAAAUCACUCAUGGAGAUAGAAAAGCAUACGAUGCAUGUCGUUACUAUGGUGCUUUAAUUGUUGCUGCUCUUCAUGGUUAUACAAAAGAACAAUUACUCGAUAAUGAAUUUUACUCGAAACACACAGAAUGGUUUCGUAACAAUCCGCUUCACCCUGACAUCGAGUCAAUUGCUAAAGGAUCAUACAAAAAAGAUGGAUACAAUGCUGGUAUUCGAGGAAAAGGUUAUAUAGUUGCUGCUCUAGAAGCUGCUCUAUGGGCAUUUUGGUCUGAUGACAAUUCAUUUGAAAAGGGUGCUCUUGCUGCUGUCAAUCUUGGUGAUGAUACAGACACAACAGCUGCUAUCUAUGGACAAUUAGCUGGAGCUCAUUAUGGUUAUCGAAAAUUACCUGAAUGUUGGCUUCAACAUGCAUAUGCUAAAACAUUCAUGGAAAAAUUAAGCAAAUGGAUUGCAUAUGAAGGAGAAUCUUGGCAAAAACCAAUCGAACAUACUGUUUCUCAAGCACCGAUAAGUAAUAUCUAA